UCGUACCGGUCCCUGCUUUAGCCAAGUAAAUAACCAGAUGUGUCAGGGCCAACUCAGCGGGAUCGUCUGUACCAAGACCAUGUGCUGUGCCACCAUUGGACGGGCGUGGGGUCACCCGUGUGAGAUGUGCCCUGCCCAACCUCACCCUUGCCGACGAGGUUUCAUUCCCAACAUUCGCACUGGAGCCUGCCAAGAUGUGGAUGAAUGUCAAGCCAUUCCUGGACUCUGCCAGGGUGGUAACUGCAUCAACACAGUGGGUUCUUAUGAAUGCAAAUGCCCUGCUGGACACAAGCAGAGUGAGACCAGCCACAGAUGUGAAGAUGUGGACGAGUGUGGAACAAUCUCUGGCGUGUGUGAUGGUGGAGAGUGUACCAACACAGCAGGCAGCUACGUGUGCACAUGUCCACGUGGUUUCAUGACCAGCCACGAUGGAUCCCGCUGCAUUGGUAAGAUGCUAACUAUCCUUGAAACCCAGACCUCACAUCAUGACAGUGAUUUAUAGAUCAUUCCAAAAGGACACAUUGUUCACACAAUAGCUGCAAAAUGCUGGGUUUGUGUUCAAUGUCGGCGGUCCAUCACUGUCACAGACGUUGUUGCUCUCCUCCUUGGCUCCUGUGGACCAGGGCUUUUGCCAUUUCCCAGCCACAGAAACUUGGACUGCAGUGCUUGAAGUGUUCCAUGGGGGUCCUGCUGGGGACAUUGAAAGGAGGACUGAGGUAGAAGGUGUCUG